UACUCUGGGAAUGCUCAGCAGUAGCAAGCUUCAUUCUGGGUUGACCAAAGGAUAUGGGUUAAUCCAACUGAUUAAGGUGCAACAUGGAAAAUCCAAAUGAUUUUUGGACAAAGAUCCGAGUGGAAAGACAGCACUUUCAUCUCUGGUAGGUAUACUACCUCCACUAAGGACCACUGCUCAUUGAAACAAAUGGAGAUUGUGGAAGCAUUAAACUUUGGUGCAGAUCUUUUGCAAACCACCUUAGCAUUGACUGGGCCUUUGAAGAAAUCACCACUACGUCGGCAAUGCAGCAUUCACAUCACUAAUCUUUCAGAUCGCUUUACGCUUGAGAAUCCUAGGAUGUACUCAUGCAGGGGGAGCUGUGUUGAUCCUCUGCCUCCAAGAAUUCUUCCAUCCUCGUCAGGAGGCGCAGUGUUUGCCAAGACCCCUCGCACUGGACGUGGGUUUUCUGGUAUCUCCACCUACGAUCUCUUCAAUGGCUUUACAGAGGAAGCCUCAGAGCAAAUUGUCAUCCUGUUCAAGGUGCCUUAUGACUUGAACUUCAGGGCAAACGAGUACGCAGUAGGAGUCUUUGAUGUCAGUGAGAAGUUAGAUAAAUUUAAUUAUGAAAACCUCACAAAGAGUAUGGAGAAGAGAAUCACUAAAGGCCAAGCAAAGGGACCCUCUCUGAUUCACAAGGACCACAAAGUUGCUAUCAGAGCCACAAUGUCAGAUUGCACUGAUCCCAUAAUAAAAGUGCACAUAAGUGAUAACUAACAGCCAUAUAUAUUCCUAUGUAUGAUUACUCACGGUGUAGUAAAAUGUGGCUAAACAAAUGUUUUCGGAUGUAGUUAGAUUAGUAGGAGAAGUUGUACUUUGCAAAUGACAACUGGGAGUGGAAAACAUCAUGGAUGAGACUUUUUGAACAAGUAAAAAAAAAUUAGAGGUACAUUUAUUUAAAAAAUGGAUUAGAUUUGAAAGUUCAUCUGCUAUCAGAAUAAGAGUAUAUUUUGAUAGUUGGCACACAUUUGUGAAUAC